UGCAACCAGAAGCAUCGCCUCCUCCUCCUCUUCCUCCUCCCCAGUCUCCUCUCCACCUCUUCCUCCUCCUCCACUUCCAUUUGCUACCUACCGUUGACAACUCCAUCUCUCCCUCUCCCCCUCCCACCUCCUUCCUCCUCCUCCUCCUCCUCCUCCUCCUCUCUCUCUCUCGCUCAUGUGUACCAUUCCCCUUUCCUACUACAAAUCCAAGGCGCUACCUUUGUUCCUGUGCAGCUUCUCCUAGAGCUAGAUUCAGGGCUAGGGUUUCAGAGGAGGAGCUUCUGUAGCCUUCCAAAACUCUAUUCCGGCUUAGAUCUGAGGCACCGCUUCUUUCCGACAGCUCUGUGAAUCGUUUCUUGAAGCCUCUCUGUCUCCCGGAUCUGAUUCCCUGAGGCAAAUGGUGCCGUAGCUUUCGACAUCUCUGGUGGCGCAGCUUCGCUCCGUCGGCUCGCUUCUUGGCUGAACCUUGCGGAACGGGGGACGGAAGGGCCGAAAGAUUGGAUCUUGGUGGAGAUCUGGAGAUACAAGGAGCUUUGCUAUCAGAAAUAUGUCAUCUCUGAAGGAACAUUUAUAUGAUAAAACAUUUCUUUUUGGCCUCAAGUUGUGGGUUGUAAUUGGGAUAAUUGUUGGGGUCUCCAUAUUGGGUGUUCUUUCCAUUCUAGUUAUAUGCCUUAAUGCUAGGAGUCAAAGAAGGUCAAGGAGGGCUUCCAACAAUCUUCCAGUUAGCCAAAUACCACCGGUCUCAAAGGAAAUUAAAGAAGUUAGGGUUGAACAAGUCUCAGCUAAUGAUUUUGUUGCACGUGAUGGUAUUCUGCUUACAGUUCAUGAUAAAUCCAAUGAAAAAGAAACGGACAAGGUUAUGGUCCAUUUGGGCUUGGGCAAAUCAAGGCAUGCUGAUGAGAACAGUCAUUCAGGCUCAUUUCAUUAUAUAGAUAAAGAUGGUAGUUGCCAUUCUGGUGAUGAAGGAAGUUCAGGGACAGUUGCUGUACAUAGACAAUCUUCUUACCGUAUAACUGCUCCGUCACCUUUGACAGGCCUCCCAGAGUUUUCUUACCUUGGCUGGGGUCACUGGUUUACCUUGAGGGACUUGGAAAUUGCAACCAAUCGUUUUUCAAAAGAUAAUGUACUUGGGGAGGGUGGUUAUGGUGUUGUUUAUCGAGGACAACUCAUCAAUGGUACUCCAGUAGCAGUUAAAAAGCUUCUUAAUAAUCUAGGACAAGCAGAGAAAGAAUUCAGAGUUGAAGUUGAGGCCAUUGGUCAUGUCCGCCACAAGAAUCUAGUACGCCUUCUUGGAUACUGUGUGGAGGGUACUCAGAGGAUGCUAGUUUAUGAGUAUGUGAAUAAUGGAAAUCUAGAACAAUGGCUUCAUGGAGCUAUGCGUCAGCGGGGUUCUCUUACUUGGGAGGCUCGCAUAAAGAUUCUUUUGGGCACUGCUAAGGCUCUUGCUUAUUUACACGAGGCCAUUGAACCAAAAGUGGUGCACCGAGAUAUCAAAUCCAGUAAUAUAUUGAUUGAUGAUGAAUUCAAUGCUAAAAUAUCUGAUUUUGGUUUGGCCAAGCUUCUAGGAGCUGGUAAAAGUCAUAUCACUACUCGGGUUAUGGGAACCUUUGGUUAUGUGGCGCCAGAAUAUGCAAACACCGGACUGCUAAAUGAAAAGAGUGAUGUAUACAGUUUCGGUGUUGUUCUUCUAGAAGCAAUUACAGGGAGAGAUCCUGUAGAUUAUGGGCGCCCCGCAAAUGAGGUAAAUCUAGUUGACUGGCUCAAAAUGAUGGUUGGGAGUAGGCGUUCAGAAGAAGUAGUGGAUCCAAGUAUAGAGACAAGACCAUCUACAAGAGCACUUAAACGUGCCCUUUUGACAGCUUUGAGGUGUGUUGAUCCUGAUUCGGAGAAAAGACCUAAGAUGGGUCAGGUUGUCCGAAUGCUGGAUUCUGAUGAGCCAAUACCUCGUGAGAAUCGGAGACAUCGACGCAACCGUGCUGGAAGCAUAGAUAUGGAUUCCCAGAGGGAGAGUUCUGACACAGAUAAAAGUGACAACCCAGACUCCAAAUACAGCAGCAGAAGGAACAGAUCAUCUUCAACCAAUUGAGGUUCUGUAAUCUCGGAAAAGAUUAUCUCUGCCUGAUUGCUUACAUUCUUUUCACCAGCUGCUUCCCCAGACUGCAACAACUAAUCAUUUCUACCACUCUGUCAACAACGCCUCGAAUUCAGAUCAAGGCAGCUGUAUUAUCCAUGUAUUUUCACCUUAUUUCAUAUUUUGUUGAAGGGAAGAUUGUAUUGUUGUAUGUAUGAUGCUUCACAAGUACUUUAAACAGUAUGUGUACAGGGUUUUAGCUUCUCGAGGGAUGUGUGACCUUUUCCUGAAAAAGGGAAAUGUUUCUUUGAAUUGAUUGCUUUGAAGAGAACUAAUACCUCCUGUUUCAUUUCAGGUUGUAGAAGUUUGUUUCUCA